AUGCGUCUCUCGCUUGCCCUUUCCGUGGUGCCUCUGGCCCUUUCUGUUGCAGCCCUGAAGGUCACAGAGCCUGAGGAAGGCGCUGUUAUCAGCGCCUCAAGCUCUUUGGUUGUGAAGUGGAGUUCUGUUGACACCGAUGCUUCGUCCUUCAACAUCUACCUCGUCAACAAUGCCAUCUACCCUCCCGUGAGCAAGAAGCUUGCGUCCGAUGUCAAGACUUCCUCCGAUUCCUACACCGUCGACAGCCUCGAUGCCACUGCCGGUCACGGUUACCAGAUUGACCUGCAAUCCAGCUCGACCCAGAACACCGGCAUCCUCGCGCAGUCUAACCAGUUCAACGUGACUGCCUCCGCCAGCUCUUCCAGCAGCAGCACUUUCACCUCCACCUCCACCUCCACUUCUACUACUACCAAGGGCUCUACCACCGGUACCAUGACUACCACCACCACCUCUACUGGAACCUCUACUGGAACCUCCACUGGUACCUCCACCGGAACCUCCACCGGAACUUCUGGUAUGAGCACCACUGCCUCUAGCACUGCCCCUAGCGGUACUAGUACUAUCAUUAGCGGAUCUUCUACAAGCAUGGCCGCUAACGGGACCUCCGCAGCUCCUACCGCUUCUACCGGUGCUGGUGUCGCCAACGUUGCCAACCCCGUUUUCGCUGCUGGCCUGUUCGCUGGUGCCAUUGCUUUCGCUCUGUAG